CGGCUUCUCCCGGUUCAUUUUUUCAAAAAUUGGAAAUUUCUCUCAUUGGGACCCUGCUUUCGCAUUCUAUAUCAUCUGUAUUUUGGCAAAGGUUAAACCUGCUUCCCCUGGAGUGAAGCCUCUGAUACUGAAAGAAGUGCAGGUUUUUAGCCCGUUCUUUGGUAAAGAUGGCAGCCAAUAAUGCAGUAUUGAACAGACUGGAGCAAAAGGGUGCAGAGGCAGAUCAAGUCAUUGAAUACCUCAAACAGCAAGUUGCUCUUCUAAAGGAGAAAGCUAUCCUGCAGGCAUCUCUCAGAGAAGAGAAGAAGCUUCGUGUAGAAAAUGCUAAACUGAAGAAAGAAAUUGAGGGUCUGAAACAGGAGCUGAUUCAGGCAGAAAUUCGGAAUGGAGUGAAACAUAUCCCAAUUCCAUCCAGUGGAACCAUUUCAGCAGCUUCAUUUUCGGAAGACUUACCACAGCCUACACCUGUCACAUCCUCUCCUUCUGGUCCCAAAGACCAAAUUAAAGGUGGAGGUGAAGAAAAGAAAAAAAAGGAGAAAGCAGAAAAAAAAGGAGAGAAGAGGGAGAAGAAGCAGCCGCUGCCAGGAGCUGGAAGUGAUGACUCCAGACCUAUGGAUGUUUCUCGUCUGGACCUUCGUGUCGGUUGUAUCAUCACUGCAAAAAAUCACCCUGAUGCGGAUUCUCUAUAUGUCGAGGAGGUGGAUGUUGGAGAAGCAAACCCAAGAACUGUUGUCAGUGGCUUAGUAAAGCAUGUGCCUCUAGAACAGAUGCAGAACCGGAUGGUAGUAUUACUCUGUAACCUGAAGCCUGCAAAGAUGAGGGGAGUGGUAUCUCAAGCAAUGGUGAUGUGUGCCAGCUCACCAGAGAAGAUUGAGAUCCUUGCUCCCCCCAGUGGGGCUGUUCCUGGAGAGAGAAUCACUUUUGAAGGUUUUCCUGGAGAACCUGAGAAGGAACUUAAUCCCAAGAAGAAGAUGUGGGAGCAGAUUCAACCUGACCUUCAUACUAAUGACCAAUGCAUUGCUACAUACAAAGGAGUUCCAUUUGAAGUGAAGGGGAAGGGGGUCUGCAGGGCUCAGACCAUGGCCAGCAGUGGAAUCAAAUAAAUAAAACUAAUUACCGAGAAACUGUUCAGAGGCUUAAAUGGAAAGCAGUGCAAGCACAAUAAAGACAUGAAUA